AGGGGACAUGACCCUUUAUUUGAACAAAAUUGAAAGUCCUUCACCCAAGGAUGCUUUUUACCAAGUUUGGUUGAUAUUGGUCCAGUAGUUCUGAAGAAGAAGUCGAAAAUGUGAACAGUUUACAGACAAACGGACAACGGGUGAUCAGAAAAGCUCAAUUGAGCUUUCAGCUCAGGUGAGCUAAAAACCAUAGGGUUCUCAUACUUGUCAUGUAAUAAUUGCUUUUAACCAAACAAAUGUGUCAUGUCCCUAAAAUCAAGAUCGAUUGACGAAGGUCUAAGUCAAAAUUUAAUAUCAUGAGAAAUACUUGGCUACUUAUAAAUGAUCAUUGCUUUUGAUCCAUUCAGUUCUAUAAACUCUUGUAUCCUCAGCAUCUGGAGCACUAUUCAUCUUAUUCUACAGUUUUCUGUUUUGUGAUACUUGGAUGUGUAGCAACCACUAAUGAUAUAAAAACCACUAAUGAUAAAUGUUGCAUUAACCAUAAUUAGUGGAUUUUAUAUCACUAGUGGUUGCUACAAAAACCCCAUGACAACUCGGUGGAUAUCGUUAACGGACACCAACACGUCUAUUCCUUGGUAGAGGGAGUUAUACUCAUCACUAGCUGAGGGAGGAGUUUGGGGUCAGUUGAGCCCCUCCCCGGCGUCAUCACUAACUGUGGGAGGGGUUUCCUCCGUAUGCUGUUCUUGUCCCGCCCCGCACCUCGAUAUCCCUUUUGAGUAUCUUGAGUACUUGUGGAAUAUUUCUACAAGUCUGAAAACCAUAAAUCCAUUUUGUCUGUCACAUAACAGGUUCAAGAUCAUUCGUCUGUCGUCCAAACUCGGAAAACUCUCGAGCGUUGCACUUUCGUUUUACUCGGUACUUAUCGUAUUACUCCAAACAUUCAUUAAUAUUGCAAAUCGCUUUCGCCGAUAAUCGUAAGAUUUAAAAGAGUUUAAUAUGCGUUCCAAGCUUUGACCUUUGACAGAUAGGACAAUCAAAUUAAAAUAAGAUUUCUCCAGUGUAACGGUUAGGGAAGAUUUUAUUUUAAUGAGAUUUGCAGAUCUACCACCAAGUACUAAUCACCGGAUUUUGUUCUGUCGCCGUUUUCGUUUUCAUCCGUUGGACAUUCGUGCAUUCUAUCCGGUGUGAGCGAUCCACAGAAGUCCAUGGACUUCUUGUGUUGAUAUUUCUGAAAACAUCACCAUUCAUUUGUAGGUACAUGUUGUAUAGCAUGCCGAUUAUUCACAUGGGGAGCUGUCGGAGAGUUUUAUCGGGAUAUAUGGGCUUCUUGAGGAUGGGAACCUUUCCUGUGAAAAUCCACCUCAGCCGAAGAAUGAGCGGUGUAAGUGCUGUUCAUUCCAAAGCCUCUCUCCGUCUAAGAUCACGGCAACAGCUGAGUGUAGAUGUUUUCCCCGAGAAUUUUACCAAAGGACUGCCGUUGAAAAUGGGUGAAAACCGGACGGAAGAUGUGAAAGAAAAGGCGUUCAGAUGGUGUAGAAAAUCUCUCGGGGGCGCCUGGAAUCAAAUUUCCAAAGAAGAUUUACAAAUAAAACCAAUAAGUGGUGGACUGACAAAUAGGCUGUACCUCUGCUCCCUGCCAGAUGGAACAGAAACAGAAGAAAAUGAGCCGUUUCAAGUUCUUAUGAGAGUGUAUGGUGAAAUUGCUCAAAGGAAUGAUUAUAUGCUCAGAAACUCUGUCAUUUUUGCUUUGUUUUCUGAAAAGAAGAAAGGACCAAAGCUCUAUGGAAUGUAUCCAGAAGGACGAAUUGAAGAGUACAUACCUUCCAGAUCACUGAAGCGUACGGAACUUCAAAAUUUAAAGCUUUCACAAACUAUCGCUCAAAAGCUUGCUUUCUUUCAUACUCUUGAGAUGCCCCUCACCAAGCAGCCUAAUUUUCUACGCAAGCAAAUGAAUGAGUGGAUGGUAGAGGUUGAAAGAAUUUUAGAAAGUUCCUCUUCACAUAAACCAUGUCCUUUGGUUAGAAAGUUACAAUCUUUUCAACUCAGGAAGGAGCUAUUGGAGUUAUUAUCCAUGAUGGAUAAAUGUUCAUCACCGGUGGUGUUCUCUCAUAAUGAUUUACAAGAGGGAAACAUUUUGUUAAUAGAAGAUGAAUUAGAUGAUGACAAGAAACUGACAGUGAUAGACUGGGAGUAUGGCAGCUAUAACUAUCGAGGUUUUGAUUUUGGCAAUCAUUUUUGUGAAUGGACCUGUGAUUACUCAGUCGAAGAAUAUCCCUAUUUUUCCUAUCAUCCGGAGGAUUAUCCCACAGUUCAAAGACAGGUUAGUACAGAAUAUCCCUAUUUUACCUAUCAUCCGGAGGAUUAUCCCACAGUUCAAAGACAGGUUAGUACAGAAUAUCCCUAUUUUUCUUAUCAUCCGGAGGAUUAUCCCACAGUUCAAAGACAGGUUAGUACAGAAUAUCCCUAUUUUGCCUAUCAUCCGGAGGAUUAUCCCACAGUUCAAAGACAGGUUAGUACAGAAUAUCCCUAUUUUGCCUAUCAUCCGGAGGAUUAUCCCACAGUUCAAAGACAGGUUAGUACAGAAUAUCCCUAUUUUUCCUAUCAUCCGGAGGAUUAUCCCACAGUUCAAAGACAGGUUAGUACAGAAUAUCCCUAUUUUUCCUAUCAUCCGGAGGAUUAUCCCACGGUUCAAAGACAGGUUAGUACAGAAUAUCCCUAUUUUACCUAUCAUCCGGAGGAUUAUCCCACAGUUCAAAGACAGGCUAUAAAAUGUCCACGAACAAGUUGCUAAGUUUUUGUAAUUCAGGGCUCGUAAUUCACUUUGUAUGAAACAUAUGAGUUAUCUAAUUUCUUUACUUCCUCUUAAAUAGAAAGUAGAGGUUAAAAAAAUUAUGCUUGUUUGUAAAAUUGUAUUAAAACAAUUUUUUUUUAAUACCAUAUUUAUAUAGCACCCUUUUCAUACACUAUGUACGCUCAAAGGUAAAACAAUGAAUAUAACGUUAAUUUUUAAACAAAAUCCAUAUGUUGACAUGAAAGGAAAUUCCCAAUAAAUGUUGACGCUAUUUUCCCAAGUAAUUGGGAAUCAAUAUCGUUCCCAUACAGUCGAGAGAGGAAAAUACCCUGGCUAAUGUAUCUUCAUAAAAUGAAAUGUAAAACGCUUACUAUUUCCACAUGUUGCUAUUUGGAUUUUGGAUUGAGAACCUUAGUCUUGUGUAAUGCAAUCUAGUGAAUUUGCACAAAUACAAAAUUCUUGCUGAUUAAAAUGAUUUACAGAAAAACUAUGAAAGUAUGCCUUGUAGAGUCUGGAAAAAGAAUUUCAAAGCAAAUACAGUUGAAUAACUAGUACAUGUAUAUGUAGUUUUAAAUGCAAAUCUGAUUUUUCUGUAAAUCAGAAAUAAAAUGCAUUGUACAAGGUUUUUGAGUGUUAAGAAGUAUACUACACUGAUUAAUAUGAUGCCAAUAAAGAUAUAGACUAAAUGGAAUGAGAACAGCUUGGUGGUUGAGCAAUGGUCAAGUGGGUUGGGCACAAAAUGUAAAAGUAUAAAUUCAUGUAUGAGAUUGGAAAAGUUUUGUUGUAUUUUACUUAUACCUAAUUUAGUAUAUAAAUUUCUAUUGAUUUAGUGAUUUUGGUGACGUGAAAUAUGUUCAUUCAGAGAAUUUCACAGAAUCUUUAUACGUGAUGAGAAAAGUUUCAUUGUGAUAUACUUAAUUUGGUAUAUUUUCUUUUGCAGUAUGAUUUUUUCCGUGAUU